GUGACUGACAACGGUCUGUCGCGGGACUUGUUCCCGGACGACUACCACUGCUUGGGCGACAACGAGAACAGGCCGGUCAAGUGGAUGGCUCCGGAGGCGCUGCUUCAGAACCAGUACAGCACAGCUACUGAUGUGUGGUCGCUGGGUAUCACUCUCUGGGAGUUGGCGACGCUCGGCGCUGCUCCGUUAGCAGAGCUCGACGCAGCUGAUGUAGGAGCCUUCCUCAGUGGAGGAUACAGGCCUUCACAGCCGCACAACUGCCCUGAUGAACUGUACGGCCUCAUGUCCUGGUGCUGGACAUCAUCGCCGACUUCCAGACCGACCGCUCCUCAACUCUUGGCCGCUCUACACGACUUCAGACAAGCUCUUAGUACGUACAUAUAGACUACUCUUCUACAGGUAUUAAGACUUCGCAGAUUUAGCCGGAUCUCUUUCGAAGUAUAAAGUAAGUAACAGUUUAC